GAACAGUUAUAGUUGAUCUCACAGAUGUCAAAGUCAUAGUUAAUGUUAUUGUUUACAUUAAAUUUACAUCCAAAUUUUUUUAUACUAUAAUUUAGUGGAUAAUUAUAAUAACAAUAAAAAACAUAAAAAAUGAUGACAGAUAUGGAAGAGGCAGAAGCAAGAGAACUUCAAUUACAAAUUGAGAAACGCGAUAGUAAAGAAGUUGAAUUUGACUUCAAAGUAGCUGUGAAGAAAUUAGCAGAAGGAUUUUUAAAUCAAUAUCAGGAACAGUGGGAACAAACUGAGAAAAAACUUGAUGAAGUAAAAAAUAAGCAAGAGACUUUGCUCGAUCAGAUGCAAACUGAGAACAAAAAACUUCAAGAUGUUUUUGAUGAUGUUAAGCUAAAUGAAACGUUUCAGAUGAUUAAAGUUAGUCAAGGUAAAUUAAUAUUAAUGAAAAAAGAAAUGGCUUCCAUUCAUGAAAGGACAUUCAAAUUAAAAAAACGAGCAUCAAGAUUGCAGCAGAUAAUACAGAAGGAGGCCUUAAAUAGAGAGCAACAACGAGAGCAAGAACUUCGUCGGGAACAAGAAUUAAUUGGUAAACCAGUGAUAAGUUAAGGAAAAUCAUUAUCUAGGGAGAUAAUUAAUAUCGGCAAAGACACAUAGGCAUGUAAGGACAGAUUGUACUUAUACACACAUCAUGCUAAAAUGUGUGUCUAAAUUUAGUCAUUGAUUUUAUUGUGUAAUAUAACUUAUACAUACAUA